AGUAUCACACUCGCGUAGCUCUUUGAAUAAAAUCAAAGCAAUUUAUAAUUCUUUCUAAAAAUGACUUAACAUAAAUUUAUUGCCAGUAGAACAUUAUUUGCUCUUUUUAUAUUUAUUUAUAAAUGGAAUAUUCCCAAUGCUUGAGAUAAACCCAUCAUAACAUUAUAUUUACGGUACAAAUAAAUUGCAUUUAAUCAAUGAGUAAAUAAAGCAGUUUGUCAAUAAUGGAAAAAUAAGCACAUUCUCUCCUGUACCUCAUCAUUUAUCCACAAAAAAUGAUGUAUAUUGCAUCAAAAAGUGAAUUUUAAAGCUUUUUGUUAAUUUGGUGUUUAUGUGGUACCUCCAAUAUCUAUCUAUCUUUAGGUGCCUGGUCGCUUUUACAAAGUAUCUGCUUUUUUAUUCAAUAAAUUUCAAAGAUGCUUAUCAAUUCGAGUGGCACCCGUAAUCCCCGAUGAUAAAUAAAUACAUGAUUCGUCAAACUAUCAACAUGCAAUUACUCGUAUUUGGACAGUGUAUUCAGUGUGAUUUUGGUAUAAAAAGGUUGGAUUUUCCCUCAUUAGGGCUUUUAGCUCUCCAUGGUGACUUUAAAUUCAGAGUUGAAAGCCAAGAAAUCCUAAGCGAACUAAUUGAACAGUUUGGAUGUUAAUAAGUGCUUUUUUUUUCUUUAAAUUCAUCAAAAGCCGCGAAUUAUAUUAAAUUCAAUUUUAAAAUAGAAUGAACAAAGUUCUUUUUAGUCCUGGGAUAACGUUGCAAAAGCGUCGGAUCAAUAUCGCAUUGCGCAUCCGUUUUGUGGUUUUUUUGGGAGUUGUUGGAAUUUAUUCACUUAUUUGGACUUUCGGUUCCAGUAAUUUAAAUAGUUCUUUUCCAAUCCGAAAUGGUCGGAAGCUUUUAGCUAUACCAAAUGAUAUUUUAACGACGUCAGUUCCUCUAAAACUAGAAACUCAUAUCUCCGAAUCACCAAGUACAAUAAAAGGAUCACAUAAAGAUGAAAACGAAACUAUUACCAUUUCGUCUUCUACAAACAAUUGCACCAGACCUGCAAUCAAUGAGUUCCCACCGGAUGGUUUCACCAGGUUCCAACGGAAAAAUGGCUGCAUCGUGAUACAUGUCCUUCUGGUUUGUUACUGCUUUUGGUUUCUUGCGGUAAUAUGCGAUGAUUACUUCGUGCCAGCAAUAGAACAGAUGUGUCUUAGGCUUAACAUGCAAGAAGACAUAGUUGGUGCAACUUUUAUGGCUGCUGCUACCUCCAGUCCUGAACUUUUUAUAAAUUGCGUGGGAACAUUUAUUACAAAAGGAGAUAUUGGUGUUGGAACUAUUGUUGGUUCGGCAGUAUUUAAUAUUCUCGCUGUUCCGGCAUGUUGCGGUCUUUUUGCGGGCCAAAUGAUCACUUUAGAUUGGUGGCCAGUAACUAGAGAUUCAAUGAUGUAUUGCGUCGCAGUAUUGGGUUUAAUUUGUACACUCUAUGAUGGUAUUGUAAUGUGGUAUGAAGCCUUAUUUUUGGUUCUAGCAUAUUUCUUAUAUAUAACGGCUUUGUACUGGAACGACGUAAUGGCUAGAAAAGCAAGGAAAUUGAUUUCGAAAGUAAGAAGAAAAUCAAGAGUUCGUCCAUUUCGACAAGUGAAUGAAAUAAGUCCUCUUCUGGGAACAAUUUCGGAGGAGAAAAUCAUACCAAGCACAUCGGUAGAUGUUGGAUCAUUGGACGUUCGAAAAUAUGAUACAAAUUCUCCAAUGACAGAUAGUGUUUGCAGUGUAGAAAGUGAUUUUGCUGAUGAUCCGUUUAAUAUGCGGGGUUCUUGUGCACUAGUUUAUCUUCUAAGAUGGCCUAUAACUUUUUUACUGUGGAUAACAGUUCCUGAUAGCAGAAAGCAUCCAUCUUGCCGAUUUGUGACUUUUGGAAUGGCAGUAACAUGGAUUGGUGUAAUAUCUUACAUUAUUGCAUAUCUAAUCACCAUUGUAGGUGAUACACUCAACAUACCCGAUUCGGUUAUGGGUCUUACAAUAUUAGCUGCCGGUAUGAGUGUGCCAGAAGCUGUUUCUAGCGUAAUCGUUACAAAUCAAGGGCACGGUCAAAUGGGCAUCAGUAAUUCGAUUGGUUCAAAUACAUUUGAUAUUUUGCUAUGCUUAGGAGUGCCAUGGUUUGUUAAAGCAUUUUUUGUACCGACAAUACCUGGAGCACAUUGGGUUGUAUUAAAUUCAUCAGGACUCACAUAUUCAGCUUUUUCACUUUUGACAACUCUAUUCGGGCUUUACAUAGCAUUUGCUGCAAACAAAUUUCGUUUGGAUUGGAAAAUCGGAAUCGCAUGUGCAGUUAUGUAUGUUGGAUUUUUGAUUUUAGCAUCAAUGAUUGAACUUAAUGUUUUCUUUAAUGUUAAUUUACCUAUAUGUGAACAUUAACCAAUUAAACUUUAAUUAAACUUGCUAUCUCU